UACGCUACGCAACACGCCCCCCGGUCGAUCAGUGCGUCGCUUUCUCGCUUGGGCUGGGCACCCUGCGCACUGGCGCACUGGCACUGCUGCUGCAGCUGCGCUCGUAGUCACUCACAGUGCGCGGCCUGCUGCUAAAAGGGGGAGGAUCCCUCGCAGUCAAUUGCCCUGAUCCUGGGGGGGUAUUAAGGGGAAGGAAGUAGGAGCGAGGUUGGAGUUGAAGUGCGGUGGUGAGUGACCGAGUGGGAGAGCAAGAAGAUCAGCCGAGAGUAGUGGUGGUGGCGGUGGCGGUGGUGGUGCUCACUGCUCAAGCCUCGCCCGGUGCUCGGCGACAGGCGGGCGAUGGGGCGAUCGCCGUGCUGCGAGAAGGAGGGGCUGAAGAAGGGGCCGUGGACGCCGGAGGAGGACCAGAAGCUGCUCGCCUACAUUGAGCAGCACGGCCACGGCUGCUGGCGCUCGCUGCCCGCCAAAGCCGGGCUGCAGCGGUGCGGUAAGAGCUGCCGGCUCCGAUGGACGAACUACCUCCGGCCGGACAUCAAGCGGGGCAAGUUCAGCCUGCAGGAGGAGCAGACCAUCAUCCAGCUCCACGCGCUGCUCGGCAACAGGUGGUCGGCGAUCGCGACGCACCUGCCGAAGCGCACCGACAACGAGAUCAAGAACUACUGGAACACGCACCUCAAGAAGCGGCUGGCCAAGAUGGGCAUCGACCCGGUCACGCACAAGCCGCGCUCCGACGCGCUCGGCGCGGGCGGCGGCGGCGCCGCGGGCGCGCAGCACGCCAGGGCCGCCGCGCACCUCAGCCACACGGCGCAGUGGGAGAGCGCGCGGCUCGAGGCCGAGGCGCGCCUGGCGCGCGAGGCCAGGCUGCGCGCGCUCGCCGCGUCCGCCUCCGUCUCGGCGCCGCGCGCGCCGCCGGCCCCCUCCGCCGCGGCGCACGGACUCGAGUCGCCCACGUCCACGCUGAGCUUCUCCGAGAGCGCGGCGCUCGCCUCGGUGCUGGAGGCGCACGGUGCGGCGGUGGCGGCGGCGGCGGCCGCGCGCGCCGCCAUGCAGCCCAUGCAGGCGUACGAGGAGGCGUGCAAGGAGCAUGAGCAGCAGCAGCAGUGGGGCGACAACGUAGUCCAUGCCGCCGACGCGACCUUCGCCGGGGCGGGGUUCACGGGGCUGCUUCUCGACGGCGCCUUGAACCAGCAGGACCUGAGGCCGGCGACCAGCAGGGACGACGUGGACGCGGACGCCGGGCUGCAGGAAACGGAGGAGGAGAAGAACUACUGGGACAGCAUACUGAACCUGGUAAACUCGUCGUCGUCGGUGUCGCUGCCGACGUCGGUCGUGGUGCCCGCGCCCGAGACAUACUCGUCAUCAGCGUCGUUGCAGACGUCAGUCGUUGUGGCCACGCCCGAGACGUACUCGUCGUCGGCGUCGUUGACGAGGUCAGUCGAGGUGCCCGCGCCCGAGGCGUACUCACCGUCGCCGGUGCCGGAGUUCUGACGCUGGUGGCCCCUGCAAAUGUUCGCCUGCAUACAACCGGGCGAAUGACACAGUAAAUAGCUAGUGGGGGAUUUCGAAAUAAUAAUA